CGGUCGCGAGCGCGUGUGUUUCGUGUGCGUGCGAUUCACUUCACGUAUCUCAUCCUCGAUUAUGGUCCCUCUUGGAUUGACGAAACGAAUAGAAGAAAAAUCAAGUUUUCAGAAUCCGUCGCACUGGAUCCCAUUUUCAUUGCAAACCUUAAAAGCAUUUUCGCUGGUAUUGCGUUCCACAUUAUCGAUUAGGUGCUGCAGCACAGUACGCAUCGAUAGUUGUGCGAAAAUUGUGAAAGGCUGUGUGAAAAAGUGCAUAAAGAAAUGGCACAGUGAAUGGAAGAAAAAAAUCACGCAGCUAGUGAAAUCUAAGAAAAAAAAAAGUUCCGUGUUUUCCACCCGCGCUCAGCAGCUCCUAGCAACAUACGGAGUGAGUCGCUGAGGAAAGGUUCUCAACGCGUGUAUCAACAUAGUGAGCAGCGCCAUGUCAGUAACUCAUCUUCCAGCCGGACGUGUGAGUGUCGCGUGAAAGAAAGUGAGAUGUUAUACACACAUCUACAUCGAAGCAGCAUCGUAAAAAUAAUCUGUGUGUAAAGGAGCAAAUCAUUGAGCAUUUUUGCCGAGCUAACGCUUUUUUGGUGUGUUUUUCCUAGCGGUACCGUGCGUGGUGUAGUGUGUAUUAUUAUAUACAGAAAGUGCCUCUGCAAACGAGAGACAGCCGUUUGUGUAGAGUGGAGUACGCUGGUAGUGAAAAAUGUGCCACAUUAGAAGGGGUUUCGAGAGUGUUCUAAACGAGAAGCUUGUUGGUGUGGAAAAUCAAUCUUCAACAUUGGUGAUUUCAAUGUUUGGAAAGUGUAUCAAAAUUGGAAUGGAAUAAUUCAUCCAACACGGGUGGCUGUGCAGAAAGUGCAGAAAAGCCUCCAAAGUGAAGGACUGUGUUAUGUAGUGAUACUCUAAUGAGGUAGACAAAUCAGACAACAAGUUUGCCAAUGGUGAAAUAGUUUUCUCGAAGAGAAGAAAAAAAAUUAAAAACAGUGCAUACGUAAACUCGAGUGUGUAGAAGGAACCAUUCAUAGCGCCAUUGCCAGAGGCAGCUUUGAGUGCCACCUAGUACUGCACCGCGAGCAGUCGGCUACUCACCAGUCGAAGUGAGCAGUGAAAAAACCGGAGAAACCGAUGAGAAUAGCCUAAAUUGGGAUUUUCGAAGGAAGGCCGGUUUACAAUUUCAAUUACAUCAGGAUUUAUACAAAAAAUUUAAAUCAGUGGUCGAUUACACUUCGGGCUGAAGUGUGUGUGCAGUGCUGAGAUCGGUAGCGGGCCGGAUGCGAAUGUAACUGGGAUGGCCCUGCGAUCGGCAGCUGUGGCCUGUUGAACGUCAUGAGGAGAUACAAUCCACCGUUGGGUACCGCUACCGAAAGGGCGCGAUCGGGACAACAACCAUGGACAGCAGUUGUGGUGACGACGUGCAGCAAACGUAGCAGCAGCGGCGGUGUUGUAAACUUCGGAUAGAAUCAAAGUGAGUGAGCGCGCGUGAGCUCAACAGUGUGGAAACAUAGGGAAAAUAAUAUGAGAAUAGUUGAAUCGAAGCCAAAAUAUAGUUUAGUGCAACUGAGAAGAAAGAGGAGACGGAAGCAUCUCGCGCACGUGAGUGUAAGCAAGACAACGCCGAAGUCGUCUCAGCCGUGUUGUGGUGGUUGGCAAAAUUGUGAAAAAUAGGUGUUUAUCGUGAAAAGUUGGACCACACGAAUAUAGAGAGAGUGAGGAAAAGAGCACGAGGGGUGUGAAUUGGGAGUCAAGGGUCGAAAACGGUGCGCUCGUGUGUGGAGUGUGAGACGAGAGCACGCCAUUGGAGAUAUUUCGAAAAUUUGCUUUGAGGCCGAGCAACGAAAAUAAACAUCAGAAUGACCGACCAAAAGGACGUCCUUGCUGGGCUGAAUCUGUCCAGUCUAUCGGUGCUACCGGCAUCCACCCGACUGCGGGAGCUCGAGUCGCUCAUCAUCGAGAAUGUCACCUCGAACAACAACCCCAACAGCGUCGGUAUGUCUUCGGAAAAAUUCCUCUCGAUCGAAACGCUGCUCGAUUGCCUGUUGGUGCUGUAUGACGAAUGCUGCAACUCGUCCCUGCGGCGGGAGAAAACCGUUUCCGAUUUUAUCGAGCUGAUCAAAUCGGUGGUGCAAUGCAUCAAGCAGUUGCGGCUCUCCCGGGAGGACUUCGAGGUGCUCAAGGUCAUUGGCCGGGGAGCAUUCGGCGAGGUAUGCGUCGUCCGGAUGAAUCACACUAGUCAAAUUUAUGCGAUGAAAAUUUUGAACAAAUGGGAAAUGUUGAAGCGAGCUGAGACCGCGUGUUUUCGUGAGGAGCGUGAUGUACUCGUGUUUGGCGAUCGAAGAUGGAUUACCAACUUGCAUUAUGCGUUUCAAGACGACAUCAACCUGUACCUCGUGAUGGACUAUUAUUGUGGUGGUGAUCUGCUGACGUUGCUGAGCAAAUUUGAAGACCGUCUUCCAGAGGACAUGGCUCGGUUCUAUAUUGCCGAGAUGGUACUUGCAAUCAAUAGUAUCCAUGAGUUGAAGUACGUCCACCGUGACAUCAAACCCGAUAACAUCGUGUUGGAUGCGAGUGGUCAUGUUCGACUGGCGGAUUUUGGCUCCUGCCUGAAGCUGGGUCCCCAGGGAACGGUGCAAUCGAACGUGGCAGUGGGGACACCGGACUACAUUUCACCCGAAAUCCUUCGGGCAAUGGAAGACGGACAAGGCAAGUAUGGACCAGAGUGCGAUUGGUGGUCACUGGGGGUUUGUAUGUAUGAGAUGUUGUUCGGCGAAACGCCCUUUUACGCGGAGAGUUUGGUGGAAACAUACGGGAAGAUUAUGAAUCACAAAAACUGUUUCGAUUUUCCGAAUGACGACGAAGAGUUUCAAGUUAGUGAAAGUGCAAAGGAUUUAAUCAAAAGGUUGAUCUGCUCUCCCGACUACCGGUUGGGACAGAAUGGGAUCGAGGAUUUUAAAACGCACCCGUGGUUCGAAGGGAUUGACUGGGAAACGAUACGAAACGGCCAGGCGCCAUACAUACCCGAGGUUUCUAGUCCAACCGAUACGUCCAAUUUUGACGUGGACGAUACGGACAUUAAGUUGUCUGACGCGGUGCCUCCAACGACGAACCCAGCCUUCUCGGGGCAUCAUUUGCCCUUCAUUGGAUUCACUUUUACCAAGGAGAGCAGUAUAUCGGAUGUAGGGAAACUAUCACGUGCCAUUAACAAUUUAACCAAUAGUCAAUUACAACAGCAACAGCAACCGUUAGCUCCCCUUAAGUUAGAUGGCAUUCAGCAGCAGCAGCAGCAGUUUAAGCAUGGUUCGGAGGAGAAGCGCCUCAGUCCGGACAGUACGAGAAAGCUGCAGGAUGAAAUUAACAUACUAACAAAACGGAACUGCGAGCUAGAAAGUCAAAUUAAAAGCUUCGAGCGACAGGAAUUUGCCGUCCGGAGUAGUGGGAAUGCCGUCUCGGGAGAUUCGGUCGAUGGCCAGUUAGAUGCUAAGCUGAAGGAAUAUGAGAAAAUCAUUCGACAAUUGCGGCAGGAAAAGGAAGACCUGCAGAAGGAGCAUACCGAUGCACUUGAAAGACUGAAAAUACAAGAUAAGGAACUGAAGGAUGCUCUCGGCCAGCGGAAAUUGGCAAUGGCUGAAUAUACUGAGGUGACCGAUAAACUGUCGGAUCUGAGACAACAAAAGCAAAAGCUAUCCCGACAGGUGCGCGAUAAGGAGGAGGAAGUGGAAGUGGGUAUGCAGAAGGUGGACACAUUGCGAAGUGAACUGCGAAAAACGGAUAAAGUCCGAAGGGAAUUAGAAACGCGGUUACAGGAUCUAUUAUCGGACAUUGCCAGAGAACGGCAGCUGAGAGAGCGAUCGGAAGAUUUCUGUCGGCAAUUGCAGGCUGAAGCAAGAAAUCGUAGCUCAUCCGAUUUGGGCUCAUCUAGCUCACUCGGGAUAUCAUCCUCCGACUCAAUACGGCUGGAAAUUGAUAGAUUAGAGGUAGAGUAUAGCGAAAAGAUCAACCUGCAGCAGUCCCGCUACAAUACCGAAAUUUCCGCGCUCAGAGAUCAACUAACUGAGGCGGACAAUCAUCGGGAAAUGUUGCAGAUUGAGCUGCAACAAGCGCGCGAUAAAUUGGAUUCCACGCGACUGGAAUCGUUGACCGAUUCUGAGGAAACGAUUCUUGAACUACGCAAACGGCAUGAUCGGGAGAAAAAAAUCUUGCUGGAUGAUAACCGAAAACUGAUCUCCGAUUUGGAGAUACUCAGCGAGCAGAAUCGACGUUUGCAGAACGAGAGGCUACAAAUGGACAGCGAUUAUGAGGAAUUAAGAAAUAAACGCCAAGCAUUCAGUCAAUGGGAACGACAGAUUUCGGAAAUCAUCCAGUGGGUAUCGGACGAGAAGGAUGCCCGAGGUUAUCUGCAGGCUCUUGCCACUAAGAUGACAGAGGAACUUGAGUUCCUGAAACACUCAGGAUCACUCAAUCACAAUGCCAGCGAUAAGAAUUGGCGCAAUAGACGCUCGCAGAAGCUUGACAAAAUGGAACUGCUCAACCUACAGAGCUCAUUACAGAACGAGAUACAAGCGAAAGCUCUAAUCUCGGAAGAACUCACGCGAACCCGAACGGAUCUGGUUGCUGCGCAAAAAGACCUUCGAGAGACGCGCCAGGUUUGUGAAUCGAUUGGUGGCGAACUGAAGCGCAAGGACAGCCAAAUAAAAGAGCUACAGCAGCGGCUAGAAUCGAACGAAGGAUUUUUGGAAAGACCAUCCUCGCAGAUGUCCUAUCUGGAUCACUUCUUGAAGGAGUCGGGUGGUGGUUCCAGCUCUACAACGCACACCAACUCAACAUUAGCAGUGAACAUGCCGUCCCAGCAGAACAGUCAGCACGUAACCUCCACUAGUUCAUCGUCAAACAAUCUCACAAAUACCCCGAUCAACCAUCACAACCAGAGCUUGUCCUCACUCCACCAGCAGCUCCAGCAACAACAACAAGCUCAACAGCAACAAUCACACCUACCCCAGCAGCAGCAACCUCAUACCUACAGUAACCAACAGCAGGUGCAUCAAAUGCAUCACUCUAACUACUCCAUGGAGAGCGAGGAGGGUGAUGUGGAAGAUAUUCGAGGUCAUUCAUUGUCUAGUUCGAAAAGUAAUCUAAGUGAUCAUUCGCUGGUAACAUCCAGUAUGCAUAGCGUAAUGAUGCCAAAGCAGAAGGUUCAUCAGUUCCUUGUGCGUACGUUCUCUAGUCCCACUAAGUGUAACCACUGCACCUCACUGAUGGUUGGCCUCACCCGACAGGGCGUGGUGUGUGAGUUGUGUGGUUUCGCCUGCCACAUGAUCUGUUGCCAGAAGGUGCCCACGCAGUGUCCUGUGCCAUCCGAUCAAACCAAACGACCACUCGGUAUCGAUCCGACCAGAGGUAUCGGUACCGCGUACGAGGGCUACGUGAAGGUACCCAAGCUAGGGGCGGUCAAGCGAGGCUGGGUUCGACAGUUUGUUGUUGUUUGUGAUUUUAAGCUAUUUCUGUACGACAUCUCAGCAGAUCGCAGUGCUUUACCAAGUGUUCAUGUUACUCAGGUAUUAGAUAUGAGAGAUCCUGAAUUUGCGGUGUCUGGAGUUCGUGAAAGUGACGUUAUUCAUGCAGCUAAAAAAGACGUUCCUUGUAUCUUUAGGAUAACGACCUCUCUACUGGAUGGCGGCCCAUCACUACAAACUCUUAUGCUGGCCGACACCGAAUCAGAGAAGGCCAAAUGGGUUGUAGCAUUGAGCGAGUUACAUCGGAUUCUGAAACGAAACAACCUUCCGAACACGGCAAUAUUCCGCGUCAAAGAAGUGUUGGACAGUUCGCUUUCGGCAAUCCGGAGUGCGCUGAGUGCGCUCAUCAUUGACCCCGAUCGAAUUCUGCUUGGGACAGAGGAUGGCUUGUUCUGUUUAGAUUUGGACCGAAACGAAAUUGCACGAAUAGGGGAAAGCAAAAAGGUAUACCAGUUAUGGUAUAUAGCCGAGGAGCAGCUGCUGGUCAUUUUGUGUGGCAAACAGAGACAUCUGCGACUACUUCCAAUACGCGCUUUGGAGGCUACAGAUGUAGAGUGGAUUAAGGUGGCCGAAUCCAAGAAUUGUAUAACAGCUUGCACCGGUAUCAUUGAACGUGGUCCACAGCCAGUGUUUUGUGUUGUCAUCGCUCUGAAAAGACAAAAUACCUCUCAAAUUGUCGUCUAUGUAGUUAAUAGGAAUCGUAGUCGUCAUCAUAAAAUGUGUGAAUUUACUGUUGCAUAUCCCGUGCAGAGUCUGCAGGUGCUUUCCGAUAUGCGACUAGCAGUGGGCCAUCAGAGUGGCUUCACCGCCUAUUGUUUGCAGGGAGAGGCUCAAGCGAUGCCUCUUGUUCAUCCGGAGAAUCAAUUGAAUAAUUUUCUUGCGUAUUCCGGAGUCGACGCUUGGCGUGUUAUAGAAAUACAAUCCGGACAAGGUUCUAGUGCCCACGGAGAGUAUCUGCUAGUAUUCCAAACGUUAGCUAUUUAUGUCGAUUUGCAAGGCCGAAAGUCUCGAGACCGAGAGAUUAUGUACCCGGCCGUACCCACCAAUAUAACUUAUUGUGAUGGCCAUUUGCUAGUCUACUCGGAGACUCAUUUAGACAUUUUCAAUGCGCAAACAGCCGAAUGGGUCCAAUCAAUCGGACUCAAACGGUCCCGUCCACUUAUGAACAAUGGCAGCCUAUCGUUGACGACGCUGAAUGAUACGUCACACGUCAUCUACUUAGCAAAUAUGCACACAAGAGAACUUCUCAAUUCUGCGCCUUGUGAUCGAGAAGGUCGCUUGAAAACAAAACGAUUUUCGUUGCGCAAUGAAGGUAGUCGCACUAUACGGACAAGCACCGACCGUCGUUCGAAACUAAUAUCCGCACCGUCUAACUUUAACCAUAUCUCUCACAUGGGGCCUGGAGAUGGCAUCCAAAAACAGCGUCUGCUAGAUCUUCCAACAACGAUUGAGACAGCUGACCAAACCAAUCAGCACAGGAUUUCCACUAUGCGUCACGCUCCUCCGCCACCUCGAGCUCCACCACGUCCAAUGAUGCAUCCUCAUAAUGAAGGCUCGAACAAUUCAUUCCCAGGUGCUAAGCGAACGGCCCCGGCUAGGCCUCGCGAUCAGCCUCCAUCGUUACCACGCUCGCCUAGUCCACUAGGCAGUAUGUCCUCGCUACAUGAUGUUCUAAAGGUUGCAGAUAUGCAAUCCGAAUCACGGCAAAGUGUGGCCAGCAAUAACUCUAGCUCGGUCUCAACACCACCAUCGCCGACCAACGAUCGGCUUAGCUCUAGCUACGAUUCAUAAUGUUAAGAGAGGUGGUUAUUUUAACAAAUAAGAACAAUAAGAACAUUAGUAUCCGUUGGUACCCGUUGUCUUGAAAUUAGUCUAGUAUUUGAUUUUGUUACAGCGAAAAACGAACAGAAAACGAGCGAUUUGAACGAUUGAGCGAUUAGUCAAUUUCAUUGUUCAUUUGAAAAUGUGUAGAACGGGAUCUGCUAUACAUUGUGGUAAAGAGAAAACAAACCAAGCUGAAUAAAGCUUGCUUGUCUCUAAUUACAUUAUUUAUUAUUUUGUGAAAUUUGAAGGAAUAAAAUUUUAAAGCGAGCUUUGGAAACUAAACUGAUCUCUCUAAUAUAAUUUUUUAAAAAAUCUCGGACUGUUCCUUUAUUACAAACAUUGUUUUCCAACUGGUUGUGUUGAUAUAAACAAACACAAUCAGACGUGAGUUUGCCUCUCGUUCUUACCGCAAUAAUUCUACCCAUACUAACUGGCAAAAAAGAACCAUGUCAUUUAUCAAAAAAUACACUAACCCUAUAGAGUGCAUCAGCGAAGAGUCACCGUGCAAUAAUUAACUCUGGGAUUCGGCUGAAAACAAAUAUCGUAGGUAUCGAUUGAUCGAUCCAAGUCCAAAGUCUAGAAUCAAUUUCACAUGUCACAAGUAGAAUAGUAAUACUUUUUGUGCUAGAUUUUUCCUCGGUACCCCUCAAAAGUAAGCGGGAAAUCUUUGAUCAUCUCUGACUAAUAAAACAUAAUCAAAUUACUAAACCUAGAGCAACGAGUUCGUGAACAACAAAUAUACUGAAAUGAGAAAGGUUUUGAUUGCAGUUUUCCAUUCAUACUAUAAACGAAUUCAACUAUAAACGAAAACGAUCUAGUAAUAAUCCUGCUGAUUAGAAUGAAGCGUUUCUAAACACAACAAAAAUUAUAUAUGUCUGUCAAAUGUUCAUCAGUUUAAGUAUAAAAGUAACCCAUUCCACUUUCGACCGACUAGAUAAUGGUUCUGGUAUUCAAUUCAGCGUUCAACUCAUGAGGAGGUACUUUUGCUUUUACUAUUUUAUAGAAUUCGAAUGAUUAUAUCGUUCAUCUGUGUCCAUACUGAACUUGGACAAAAAAAGCGAAAAGGCGAAGCUAAUGGUGCAAAAUCAAAUUUACUUGUACCUUUACACAUAUAAGCUCCUACACUAAACAAAUCAAAGCAGAUUUUACCAUUGCCCCUUUGACAAAAGGGAAAGCAUGCAGAUGGAAAAGAAAGAAAUAACGUUUAAAAAAUAAACUGAUGACAAUAUUUAGUAUUUCUGAUACAGACUUACUGUAUUUGUUAGUAAUAUAUACAAAUUACCAAGGGAAAGUGUAUAUGCAAGAAACAUUCAAGCGACACAGCAAGGAUAAACCAUGUAAAAAACAAAAAGAUGAGUAAUUGAAUUAACCCAACUUAGUUAAGUCUCUGUUGUAAAAAGGCUUAUAUACUAAAACAAUGUAAAAAACAACACUCGAUACCGUUUGAUACCAUGUUUUCAAACGGUAGAAACGCCUCACAAGUUCAAUUUAAUAUAAAUAUUUAUUUACAAUCUCAGUAUAAUUUAUUUCAUUAGUAAACUUCAUUACCCAUUUAACGUUUCUCACACCAUUUUUCACCAUUGCUCUCUUGCAUUCUCAUUCGUUUUCAUCCGACCAUACUUGUAAGAACUUACAUUGAGUAACAGAUUUUCGCAAAUCGGCGAAACUAUUGCGAAUAAUGACAAAAAUACAAUAAAGCAAACACUAAUGAAUAAAAACCAACGAGUUGGAUACGAAACGAUCGAACAAAGGGAAACCUGUUGGAAGAAUUCAACAAAAACACGGAAAACAUAUACCUUACUAUAUAAAAAUAAGUUAGCAUUAUAUAGUAUAUACCGAAAGUCUAGUGUUUUAUAUAAUUAUAUUACUUGUAAAAUAACCACGACAAACUAUAUUAAUAUUAUACAAGUACUAAAACAGAAAAUCAA